CAGUUCCAUUUCAGAGUACGUGCUGAGGAGUCUAAUUUCUCUCUCUUGUGAAUUCCGUUGAAUAUUGAAACAUAUCUCGUUUAAAUGGGAUUUUGAGUGCACAAAAUGAUUACAAUUUUGUCAGUGAUCUUUUUCGGAGGAACAGUUGCUUUGGCAAACAGUAACGCCCGACUGUUCAUUACGGCUCCAAAUAUCUUUCAUCUCGGUGUGGAGGAGACAGUAUCAGUUAUCAUUUACGGCAGCGAUAGGCCUGUCAGUGUGACAAUGAUUGCUCAGGAUUUUCCUGAUAAAAAAAGAAACUUGGCAGUCGCAAGUGGAGUUUUCAUUAGUGAGGUACCUAGUGUUUUGAAACUCAAGUUGGAUCCAAAAGAUUUUCCAGUGGAUGUUACUGAUGACAAAGAUUUAGCCACUCAUCGCUAUGUCUCCCUUGUUGCAAAAUCUAACGAUAGCGACGUAACCACGAACAAGGAAGCAAAGGUGCUCGUUAGUUUUCUAGAUGGCAUUGUUCUUCUACAGACCGACAAGCCAAUUUACACUCCACAACAAAGUAGCAGUUUGGAGUAUGCUAAAGUUAAAAUACGGAUCAUAUGCCUGGGAUUCGAUCUUAAACCCAAAAAGGAGAAAAAGGUGACAGUUAUUGUUAAGAACCCUCAAGGUGUUGUGGUUCAACGAUGGAAGGAUCUGAGUACAGAAACUGGUUUUAUUAUCAAGAUUUUUGGUCUUAGUGAGUUUGCGUUAACUGGUCAGUGGACUGUAUUAGCACUUCAUGGACAUGAGAACACUCAAAAUGCCUCAAUAAAGUUUGAAGUAAAAGAAUACGUUCUCCCAAAGUUCUCUGUCGAGAUAUCAGGACCAAAAUAUGUACUUCCUAAUGUGAAAGUCAUUGGCGUUUCCAUUAGAGCCAAAUACACAUACGGAAAGCCAGUUGAUGGAAGAGUACUCGUCAAGUUUUCCAUGGUAGGGGGACGUUUUAAAGACGUUUUGGUGAAGGAAAUACCAGAUCAGUUACAGGAUGGUAAAGCUGACUUCAUUGUCACUACUGACGACAUUAAGACCACUCCUGGUCUUCCGUGGUUCCCGGAUGGUCGGCGACUCCAGAUCGAGGCCGAUGUCAUCGAGAAAACUUCUGGAAAGAAAGAAAGUGCGAUAGACAAUGGAAUUUACUUUGUCAAGUCUCCCUUCAGGAUUGAUCACAAAGCGACCACUGAAUUCUUCAAACCUGCGCUUCCUUUCCUAGUCAAGGUCGAUCUGAAAUACCCGGAUAAAACGCCGGCCCGUGGAAUUCCAAUGUCCAUUUCGGUAACCGGAACUACACAUUCUGGGAGCAAAAUCAACAUAGGGAAGACUACGAGUAAGAAAGAUAACGUGAAUUUUGAAGACACAUCUGACAAUCAGGGAAGAGCUAAUUUCGUCAUCGAUGUACCAGGAAAUGUCAGAAAAAUGAACAUUCGGGUGGGGACAGAGAAAGACGAUUUGGAUCAUAAUACUUUUGUUGAGUUUGAUGUUCAUGCCUACAAGUCCCCUUCAAGAACAUUUUUGUAUGUCAGAGCAAUCAGGGAAAAGCAGUAUUAUAAUUGUGAUGUGUUUGUUAACAAGAACGCCUCCAAGAUUACUUUCAUGGUAAUUACGCGCGGUAGGAUACUUCGCCAAUGGGUCAAAGUCCAAAGGGUAGGGGUGAUAUCCAGCUUCCGGUUUAAGAUUCUUCCAGAAAUGUCUCCAUCAUCACGUCUAGUGGUCUUCUUCAUCGGAGAGAACGGUGAAGUUGUUACAGACAGUGUAUUGCUUGAAAUUGACGAUGGACUACCAAAUAAGGUUGAGUUCCACGAUGAAUCACCGGGUAAACAAAUUGAUCCAGGUGUUCCUUACAAGAUCCAGUUAUCGGCGACUCCUGGGACGAGAGUCGCACUUUUAGCUGUCGACAAAAGUGUCUACAUCCUGAGAAACCGAGAAAAGCUCAACAAGAAAAGGGUGUUAAAUACCAUGGAGUCCCUCGACCUAGGAUGUGGCGUAGGAUCUGGUAGCGAUAGCCAGGAUGUAUUCUAUAAAAGUGGAACUGUUGUAAUCACAAACACAAACAUUGCAAGCAGAGGACGUUCUGAAUUUUCCUGUCCUCAACCAAAAAGCAAACGGGAAAGGCGGUCAACCACAGAUCUGACUCAGUGUUGUAAAAGAGGUCAGAUACCCACAAGAGCGACCUGUAUGCUACGAGCCAAGUAUUUUUUUGCUAGUGCCAGCAAAGAUUGCAGAGAAGAAUUUCUCCAGUGCUGCUUUAAUUUUACUGGGGAAAAAGACCCUAGAAAGACUGAAGUAAGAGUUCGUGCAAGAUCAUUUAGACAGUCUGACGAUGAAUUUGAAGAUGAAGAAAUCAGUCAGGGGCAAAUAAGACAAUAUUUUCCUGAAACUUGGAUAUUCAUGGACGAUGUUGUUGGCCCUGACGGGAAAUUUCAUCUUGAUACAAACCUACCAGAUACCAUCACCACCUGGGUUGUUCAAGCUGUUGGAAUUUCAAACCAGACAGGGUUAGGAGUUGCUCGUCCAUUGAACAUCCAAGCUUUUAAGAAUUUCUUCGUUUCCCUUCGUCUUCCAUAUUCUGUUCAGCGAGGAGAGCAGAUCUCUGUGAUUGCUACAGUCUUUAACUACGGGGACAUAGAAUUUAGGGUUAAAGUAAAGCUAGAAGAAAGCAAGGAGUUCUGUACCAAUGCUCCCACAGGCCAAAAGUCAGCGGUACUAAACCUGAAUGUAAAGGAAAACGAUGCAGGAUCUGUUACAUUUCCAAUAAUACCCAUCAAACUUGGAAAAGUGUCCAUCAAAGUGAUCGCUAUAGCAGAAAUUCUUGAUGAUGGACUAUUUUUGGGUGAAAUAAUAGGCCCGACAGCCUUCGACACGGUGGUUCGCAGCAUUCUUGUAGUGCCAGAAGGAGUUGAACGACGUAUAACUCACUCAUUUCUUCUUGAUCCGCAAGGAGUGUUGCGCGACGAAGCACCAGGCAAAGUCAAUACUUCUGCUCCUUCAACAGGGAUAAAACAUGAUCGAGUUGUCAACAACGGCAUGCAGGUAGACAGUGUGUUUCUCAAAGUUCCUUCCCGGGCAAUUCCAGGAUCACUAAAAGCUGUUUUGUCACUCACAGGAAACCUCAUUGGUCCGGUGGUGACAACUUUAAUAACCGGUGGCUUGGAAAGCCUUCUUCACAUGCCUAUGGGUUGCGGAGAACAGACUAUGAUAUUCCUGGCGCCCAAUGUUUAUGUAAUGCAGUAUCUGUUAGAAACUAGACAGGUUACCGCUGACAUAGAAUCGAAGGCUUACAGGAUGAUACAAUCAGGAUAUCAAAGGGCUCUUAAUUACCGAAGGAAGGACAGGUCUUUCAGUGCAUUUGGAGAGCAUCGUCCUGGUAGCACUUGGUUGACCGCUUUUGUGGCGAGGGUUCUCUGUGCGGCACAAAAGUUCGAUGGUGUCGAAAUCGACCAAGCUCUUAUCUGUGAUUCAGUUAGUUGGCUUCUGGAAAACCAGCGGCAAGAUGGAGCUUUCCCUGAGGUUAAGGAUAUCAUUCACAAAUCCAUGAUGGGUGGUACUCAUGGCGAUGUGGCAAUGACUGCUUUUGUUUCAGUGUCCCUCCUCGAGUGUUCAUGUCAUGGGAAGAAUAAGAGUCACAGGAUUCAGAAUGCUGUGGCUUUCAUGGAAUCAGAGUUGGAUAGCAUAAGUAAAGUUAACACUUUGGCGCUUACCACAUACGCCUUAGCUUUAGCUGGCAGCAGGAAGAGCUCCAAAGCAAACGCAAAAUUACUGCGGAUGCAGACCUACGACAAAGACGAAUCAACUCGUUAUUGGGACGCAGGAAACCAAGCUUUAAACGUGGAAACAACCGCUUAUGCACUGCUGGCUCAGAUGGCCGUUGGAAGACUGAAGUUGGCGGGACCCAUUGUCACGUGGCUUACCAGUCAAAGAGAUCCUCAGGGAGGCUUUGCAUCAACACAGGACACUUGUGUUGCUCUGCAAGCGUUAUCACAGUACAGCGAGAAAACUGCAGGGGCAAGCCUUGAUUUGCGAGUGUCUAUAUCCUCUGAGAAGGAUGCCAGCUGGAAAAGAAACUAUCAUAUUGAUCCAGACAACGCCCUGAUACUCAGACAGGAGGAGGUCACUCAUUUACUAGGUGGAGAAGUGUUCAUCGACUCGUUAGGAACUGGAGUGGGUCAACUUCAGAUUGAAGUGCGCCACAACGUUCCGUCGCCUAAAAACGAAACUUGCUCGUUUGCUCUGAAGAUUGAAGUAAGAGAGGAAUUUAGAGAGGACAGUGAUAAGGGCGUGCCAAUUGCUGGACGCUCAAGGCAGAGAAGAGAUGACGAUAUAAGAGAAAGAAAAGCCAAGAAAUGCAGAGGAAAUAAGAGGAAGAAAGCGUGCAAAAAGAGGAAGAAGAAUAAAAAACAUCAUAAAAAACCAAAAACAGAGGCCAAACCGCCAGAUACAUUGCACCUCAGGAUCUGUGCAAAAUAUCUGAAGGCCGGUAAAUCUGGAAUGACGAUAAUGGAUAUUGGUAUUUUCUCUGGUUUUACUCCAGAUAAAGAUUCACUUGUCGAGCUUAUGAAAAACGUCCGGCCAACCGCGGAACGCUUUGAAUUUUCUGACAGAUCUGUGAUAUUAUAUGUCAGCGAGAUUUCUAGUAUCGAUGAAUUUUGUGCCACAUUUACUGUGAAAAGAGAGUUUGAUGUGGGAACAGUCCAACCAGUUCCUGUCAAAGUCUAUGAUUAUUACAAACCAGAUGAAUCAUGUACAGAAUUAUAUUCACCCUCGACGAGAAGCGCAUUACUGGGAGGCAUUUGUCAAGAUGGUUAUUGUAAAUGCUCUCAAGAUGACUGCUCGUCCUGUGUCCAGCGUGAAUUCAAAGUUGAGGAGCUAAAGAAAAAAGCGUGCCUCGAAUUUGACUUUGCUUUUAUUGGCGAAGUGAUCCUGUUGGAUGAGGUGGACACGAGAAAGCAGUCUUGGAUCACGUAUGAAAUGAGGAUAGACCAGGUAAUCAAGAAAACUAAAACAAACUUCGCACAAGGAGACUUCAUUGAGUUCAAGAAAAGAGCAGGAUGUGCAUGUCCUAAGCUGGUAGAGAGGAAAAACUAUAUGAUCAUGGCAAACGAAGAUGGACCAUUCUUUGUUUUUGACUCGAAAUCUUUUGUAAUUCCUUGGGAGAAGAGACGAAAAAACAAGAAUAUGUUGGAUGAUCUUCGUGCAAGAAUAGGAUUAGAUCCUAGGUGUACAUUGUAGAACUUAGUUUAUCGUUUUUGUUUUGUACUGUUUUUUAUACAAACUUUUUCAAUGUUCAUUUUUCAAAUGUUAGAAAGGAAGAGAGAAAAUGAAAAAGGGCAAAUUAUAGUUAGCUA